CUUUCCAAGGUGAGCUUCAUGACCAGCCGUAUGAAAUCACUGAGGUAUCUGGACAUGAGCAGCAACUUGCUGCGUAACAGUGGAGCUGAGAAGCGCUGCCAGUGGACUGAUUCUCUGUCAGAGCUGGACCUGUCCUCCAACCAGCUGACAGAGUCCGUGUUUGAGUGCCUGCCCGUUCGUAUCAGCAAACUGGACCUACAAAACAACCAGAUUGCCAGCGUCCCCAAGGGGAUUGCUGAGCUGCAGUCCUUGAAGGAGCUGAACCUGGCAUCCAACAGGCUGGCCGACCUGCCAGGGUGCAGGGCCUUUGCGGGCCUGGCGAUCCUGAACAUAGAGAGGAAUUUGAUCCUCACGCCAAGUGCCGACUUCUUUGAGAGCUGCCCGAGCGUGAAGGAGCUGCAAGCUGGGCAAAACCCGUUCAAGUGUUCGUGUGAGCUGCAGGACUUCCUGCGCCUGGAAAGGCGGUCUGGGGGCAAGCUGUCCGGCUGGCCAGAGCCGUACGUGUGCAAGUACCCAGAAGACCUGAGCGGCACGCAGCUGAAGGACUUCCACCUGACCGAGCUGGCCUGCAACACCACUCUGCUGCUCGUGACAGCUCUGCUGCUGACGCUGGUGCUGGUGGCUGUGGUGGCCUUCCUGUGCAUCUACCUGGAUGUGCCGUGGUACGUGCGGAUGCUGUGGCAGUGGACGCGGACGAAGCGGAGAGCUUGGCACGGCUGCCCCGAGCAGCGGGAAACCGUUCUGCAGUUCCACGCCUUCAUUUCGUACAGCGAACGCGAUUCGUUGUGGGUGAAGAACGAGCUGAUCCCCAACCUGGAGAAGGGGGAGGGCUGCAUCCAGCUGUGUCAGCACGAGAGGAACUUCAUCCCUGGCAAAAGCAUUGUGGAGAAUAUCAUCAACUGCAUUGAGAAGAGCUACAAGUCCAUCUUUGUGCUGUCCCCCAACUUUGUGCAGAGCGAGUGGUGCCACUACGAGCUGUACUUUGCCCAUCACAAGUUGUUUAGUGAGAACUCCAACAGUUUGAUCCUGAUCUUGCUGGAGCCGAUCCCUCCAUAUGUUAUC